GUUACCGCUCAAAAAAUCUUCUUGGAACGAAUGAGGAAAUAAUGUGGUACAUGACAAUCAAUAGUCCAUUCAAAUACGCACCAGUAAACAAGAUGGCAAACUCAGAUAAGGAUAUCUCCUACUCUGACCUUAAGGCCCUCCUGACCAAGAGCAACAAGGGUCUUCUGGUGGUUGAUGUAAGGACAAAAGAGGAGGUAGACAGAGGACACAUUCCAGGAUCAAUCCAUAUUCCAGUUGAUACAGUGGAGAGUGCCCUAGCGCUGGACCCUGCUGAGUUCCAGGCCAAAUACGGGGUGCCCAAACCCCCCCUGGAUACUCCUGAGCUGGUGUUUCACUGUCAGAUGGGCCGGCGAGGAGGCGUGGCCACAGACAAGGCACGAGGCCUUGGAUUCCAAAAGGCCGUCAACUAUGCCGGAGGAUACCAGGAGUGGUCUGAGAAAGAGGGGUGAUAAGUUACACGAUUAGCCUGCAUUAUGAAAGCAGAGCAUAAAAACGCACAAAUGAUGCUCACAUUCUACUGAAACAUAAAAUUACUAGUAUAUUUGUUAUAACAUUUUUCAUCACUUGCCUCUUUGUAGCUUUUAUUUGUUAUUACAGAUGUGUUCUAUGUUUUAAAAUAAAGAAUGCAUUAUUAUUUUUAACUGUGUUUUCCCAUAGAGCUCCACUUUUCCCAUCUUCUACCUCUACCAUGGCUGUAGGCUUGCACUGCUUAUUACCUUCAGUAAGAGUUUCUUCAAACCCGUACUGCUGAAGCUACACUGUGGCACAUAGGGCUUAUCCAGGUGAUGCACAUCUACAUGCCAUAGACAUAGAGGGGAAACCCCCGGGUUUGCCUGAUGGUUGAUGAAAUGAGUCCGUUAUCGUACAUGUUGUGUACCGUAGACUGGUGUGUGCCUUUCCAAAUCAUGUAGUGUGUGCAUGAUGGUGAAAUGCCUUUGUUAUCAAAUCCCUGAGUGGGUAUUCUCCAUUAUUAACCUCUCCACUAAUUUAGCGUAAAGGGGCACCGUAAAAGAUCCUCGUCUGAGACUGAUUGUUAACAUAGUGGAAUUUAGUGAUCGUUGCAUCUAUUGGCUUGGCAAUUGAAAAAUAUGAAAUAUCAGUAUGUUGAUUAACGUACAGUACAUUUUGUAGGUAGAAGAAUAGCCUCAGAAACACACAGCAAGUUCCUCAUACUUGUCUUAUUUACAGUGAUGGUGGUUUUGUUUUGAUUUGCAUACAGACGCUAGCAUAUGUGCUCAAGACAGGAAGUCAAGUAUAUCCCAACAUAAAAGCCUGCUAUCUAUUCUCAAUGGUUUUUUUUUAAUCAAAAAGCAUUUUAUAUAAUUGAAAGAACACAUUUUGAUUUUACAUUUUUAUCUCCCAAGUUGUAUACAGACUUCUGAACAUAACUACUAUGUCCCCAAUGCUGACUGCUCUAUUGGUAAAUAUAAAACUUAUCCAAAGUUAAAGUAAUAAUGCCUGUAUGGUUAGUUGUGUUUGAAUGUUGUAUUUAAACAUAAUUUCAGUACGUUGAAACAGUAGUAUGCUCUCUGAGGGACAUAUACUGCAGUCCUCUCUUUUACGGUGUGGCAGACAUACUACUAGAAGGCAUGGAGGACCCAACAUGACAUCAAGCUGUAACUGAAAACAAAUUUCUCCAGUUCAGUGUUGUCCUCUAACAUUGUUAUCACUCACAGGAUGGAUCAAAUCUCUGUUUGACCUGACAAAAAUGUAUUCAUCUUGUUUACAAUCAUUAAAACUGGUUUCUUUAGUUGGA